AUGGAGAAAAGAACCGAAAGAAGCAAGAAAUUAAGUGAGAUUGAUGCCAAAGUGAUCCAAAAAGAAGCAUGCAAUGCCAUCACAUCGUGUUCCAAGAUCCAGGCAACUCUGGAAUUGGUUUUCUUUUUCAUUUUUCAAAAUUUUCUUCAUCUAUCUUUCUUUCUUUCUUUCUUUUUUGGUAUUUUUUCUUUUUAUUUUAUUAUUUUUCUUUCUUUCUGUUUUCUUUCUUUCGGUUUUCUUUCUUUCUUCUUUCUUUUCCUUGUUUUCUUUCUUUUUGUUUCUUUCAUUUAUGGCCGUUUUCUUUCUUUUCUUUCUUUCCACAUUUCUUUCUUUUUUAUUUAUCUCUUUUAUGGUAAUAUUUUUUUUUCCUUCCUUCUUUCUUUAUCUAUCUAUCUAUCUAUCUAUCUAUCUAUCUAUCUAUCUAUCUAUCUAUCUAAGCCCGUACAUAUCUAUCUAUAUAUCUAUCUAUCUAUCUAUCUAUCUAUCUAUCUCACUCUGUUCAUAUCUAUCUAUCUUUCUUUCUUAUUUCUUACUUUUAUGGUAUUAUUUUUCUUUCUUUGCGUCUUUACUUUUUUUCUUUCUUUUAUGGCAAUAAUUUUUUCUUUCCUUCUUUCUUUUACGGUAGCACGUUUCGUUCUUUUUUAUUUCUCUCUUUUAUGGUUAUAUUUUUCUUUCUUUUCUUCCUUCUUUAUCUAUCUAUCUAUCUAUCUUUCUUUCUUUCUUUCUUUUAUGGUUAUAUAUUUCUUUCCUUCCUUUCUUCUUUAUCUAUCUAUCUAUCUAUCUAUCUAUCUAUCCCAGUCUAUUCACAUCCAUCUAUCUAUCCAUCUAUCCAUCUAUCUAUCCAUCCAUCCAUCCAUCCUAUCUCUGUUCACAUCUAUCUAUCCAUCCAUCCAUCUAUCUAUCCAUCCAUCCAUCCAUCCCAGUCUGUUCAUAUCCAUCCAUCUAUCCAUCCAUCCAUCCAUCCAUCCAUCUCAGUCUAUUCCACAUCCAUCUAUCUAUCCAUCCAUCUAUCUAUCCCAGUCUAUUCAUAUCCAUCCAUCCAUCCAUCUAUCUAUCCAUCCAUCCAUCCAUCUCAGUCUAUUCACAUCUAUCUAUCUAUCUAUUUAUCUAUGUAUCUCUGUUCAUAUCUAUCUAUCUAUCUAUCUCAGUCUGUUCAUAUCUAUCUAUCUAUCUAUCUAUCUAUCUAUCUAUCUAUCUAUCUCAGUCUGUUCAUAUUCAUCUAUCCAUCUAUUCAUCUAUCUAUCUAUCAUCUAUCCAUCUAUCUAUCUCAGUCUAUUCAUAUCUAUCUAUCUAUCUAUCUAUCUAUCUAUCUAUCUAUCUAUCUCUGUUCAUAUCUAUCUAUCUAUCUAUCUAUCUAUCUCAGUCUGUUCAAAUCUAUCUAUCUAUCUAUCUUUCUAUCUAUCUAUCUAUCUCAGUCUAUUCAUAUCUAUCUAUCUAUCUAUCUAUCUAUCUAUCUAUCUAUCUAUCUAUCUAUCCCAGUCUAUUCAUAUCUAUCUAUCUAUCUAUCUAUCUAUCUAUCUAUCUAUCUAUCUAUCUCAGUCUGUUCAUAUCUAUCUAUCUAUCUAUCUAUCUAUCUAUCUAUCUCAGUCUGUUCAUAUCUAUCUAUCUAUCUAUUUAUCUAUCUAUCUCAGUCUGUUCAUAUCUAUCUAUCUAUCUAUCUAUCUAUCUCAGUCUGUUCAUAUCUAUCUAUCUAUCUAUCUAUCUAUCUAUCUAUCUAUCUAUCUAUCUAUCUCAGUCUGUUCAUAUCUAUCUAUCUAUCUAUCUAUCUAUCUAUCUAUCUUUCUUUCUUUCAUUAAGUCGACAGAACUUGUCUAA